AUGCUAAGUGAAAAAAUUGACGAUUGUCAGAGAAAUGCGUCAACUUUAAAUGGUUUUGCGCCAACUUUCAAUGAGAAUCCGAAACCAGUUAGAAACCAGUUAGAAACCUUUCCUGAUUUGGUUCAGUCAAAGAACCUGCUUGAUACUGGAUUAUGA